AUGUCCGCCCGCCAGCAACAACUCGGCCGACCAGGCGGCGCCCGCUUUGCUCAGUUCAAGCUUGUCCUUUUGGGUGAAUCCGCCGUCGGAAAGAGUUCGCUCGUCCUCCGAUUCGUCAAGGACCAGUUUGAUGACUACCGGGAAUCAACCAUCGGCGCCGCCUUCCUUACCCAGACCAUCGCCCUCGAUGACACAACUACCGUCAAGUUCGAGAUUUGGGACACCGCAGGUCAGGAGCGCUACAAGUCCCUGGCUCCCAUGUACUACCGCAACGCAAACUGCGCUGUUGUAGUCUACGACAUUACUCAAGCCGCAUCCCUCGACAAAGCCAAGGCUUGGGUCAAGGAGCUUCAACGUCAAGCCAACGAGAAUAUCAUCAUCGCUCUUGCCGGUAACAAGCUCGAUCUCGUCACCGAGGAACCCGACAAGCGCGCCGUCUCCACCGCCGACGCCGAACAAUACGCUCAAGAAGCCGGUCUCCUCUUCUUCGAGACCUCAGCAAAGACCGCCGAGAACGUCAAGGAACUCUUCACCGCCAUCGCAAAGAAGCUCCCCAUCGAGCAAGCCACCCAGAGAGGCAUGCGUGGUGCUCCCAGACCUGGUGUUGACCUCAGACCUGAAGCUUCCGGUACACAGGCUGGCCAGGGUUGCCAAUGUUAGACGAUUCCCCUCCGACUUUACCUUUUACCUUUUAUAGCGUAUGUCUUUUUGUUCUUUGUUUCUCAGAUUCUCCCAGCGAAGACGUCACGGAUGCGGGGGUGUGGUAUACACACACACAACACAGCACAGUUUAGGGUGGAUACUACCUCUUUUCUUCGAUAUGAAUACGAGAGGGCGUUUGGUGCAUAUCUGGGCUUGGGGUCUUUCUUUCAUCUUUAUUUUCCUCUGC